AAGGUUAGACUGCAGCAGGUCUGUCGUUGUUUUCCAUAGCCGUUAGCGAUAACAUCUUAAGCGCACAGGCUGCUAACUACAUGUAUAAAACUAGCUACAACUAGUUGUUUGACUGUAUUUUAACCAUGCAAAUGUUUGCAUGAAACAAUAUCAGCCUUCAUUUAUUGACAUGUAUGCUAAUUGUGCACAGUUGCGCCAAUGAAGAAGCUUUAUUUCGCACAAACGUAGACAGGGGCGGCGCAUGGAGCUGCGUAAAAGACAGGGUCCCUCUUCUGAAAUCUCGGCUUCCUGCACGCCUUUCUCCAUCAGCUGAAUCUGCUAAAGCAGCAGGUUUGAUUAGAACUAGAAAGGCAACUCUGGAAGAAGUGUUUGGGAGGACUGGAGACAAACAAGUAAAGGCAAUGGCUGAGCUGCCAACUGAGCGGGGUUUCCCUGGACCACCACCUGCCAACAACGGGCAACAACCUUCUUCAAGAAGGUGUUAUGAUGCCAGAGAUGCCCAUAAAAUUGCCCAGAUCAACCGAUUACUUCCCAUAGGCUGGCACUUAACUGGAGCUUCACGGUACCAGAUGAUAACUACCCUGGGAGAAGGAGCCUAUGGCACGGUUGGAAAAUUCAUUAGGCUCAAUGACAUGAAGAGCGUAGCCAUCAAAAUAGUUAAGACUGAUUGCUUCAGAAAUGGACUGGCAAACUUGGAGGUGGCUGCCCUGCAGAAGUUAAAGUUGUACAAAUCUGAAAGGUAUAACUUGGUUCAGUUUUACAACGUUCUUACCGAUGGGCAAAAAUUAUGUCUCGAAUUCGAGCUUUUGGACAAGAACCUUUAUGAAUUCAUGAAGGAAAGACAAUUCCGACCACUCGCUCUAAACUCAGUUAGAGCCAUCACCCAGCAGAUUGCGAAAGCGCUGGAUCAUUUGAAGUCUGUAUGUUUGAUACAUGCAGACCUCAAGCUGGAAAAUGUGAUGCUUGUCAACCAUCAGAAACAACCAUAUAGGGUCAAAGUGAUUGACUUUAGCUUGGCAUGUGAAACCUCCGCUGCCUCGAUGGGCUCUUGCAUUCAGUCCCGUUCAUACCGGUCCCCAGAGAUUAUUCUCGGGGCUCCAUUUACAGAGGCCAUAGAUGUAUGGUCUCUGGGCUGCAUUGCUGCUAAUCUGUACCUUGGCUCCAUUCUCUACCCUGGUGAGAAUGAAUAUGAGGUGAUGAGGUACAUAGUGGAGACUCAGGGCCAGCCUCCAGGCAAGAUCCUCGACAGUGGGCUCAAGACUGCCUUUUAUUUCGACACGCAGUUGUAUUUCACCACCAGCACGUGGAAACUCAAGACACCUGAGCAGUUUGUCAGUGAGACAGGGAUUAAGUUCACUGAGAAAAGGAUGAUGAAGUUGACCUCUCUUGAUGACCUUAAAAACCUCUGGUUCACACGUCAUCAAAAUUAUACCAGUAAAUCCGCAGAAAUCUGUGAUCUGCUGGUGUUUAUCGAGCUGCUUAAAGGAAUGCUUCAGCUUGAUCCUGAAAAACGGAUGACGCCCAGUCAGGUGCUGCAGCACGACUUCACAACACUGCGCCACAUAUCGCGCUGUACCCCUACAGCUUCGAUGCUAACUCUUGCUUUCAGAAGAUGAGCAUCUGUCAGUAACGGCUGGUGGUACCUGUGUGCAGGUCUCCGCAGCAACCAUCCUCCAGGACCAGCCACGCUACCCAGCAAAACCAACCUUGCCCUCGAUCUGAGCACAGCAUCCAAGUGAGGCGCCAUUCUCACUCUAGGACCACCUGUCCUCCUCUGCAAAAUCAUCCUCGCCCUCCAUCUAUGCGCUACAGCCCUUAUUCCAGAACAACCCACCUUGCUCAGCAAAAUCAUCCUUGCCUUCCCGUGUUACACCACUGCUGUUGCUUCAGGACCAUCUGUCCUCACCAGCACGAUCAUCCUCGCUCUCCAGCUGUGCGCCACUGGCUCUACUUUACGACCACACACUUUUUCAAUUCAAUUUAUUCAAUAAACACUUUGCUCCCUAGCUCAGCAUGGCACCCAGGUGCGGUAUCACUGCCUUUACUGCAGGACUACCCAUCCUUGCAGCAAUAUCCUUCUGGCCUUGCAGCUAAACUCCACUGUCUUUACUCUAGGACCACCCAUUCUGCUUAGCAAUGCCGUCCUCACCCUCCAGCCAAACACUGCACCCCUGCACAAAGUCUAGGACCACAGUGAAGUCCUUAGCAAGACUCACCAAAUCAAACCAGAGUCUUAAAAAAAAUUUAAUGACUGAUUAGACAAUGUGAGUAAGAGUCUCUGACCAAUCUGAAAGAUCAUUGUGAUUUAAAAAGGGUUCCAUUGUUGGAUGUAGGACAAUUAUAGCUCACCACAAAGAAAGAAUCAGAAUACUGUAUUAAUCCCUAAGCAAAUUAUGUAGAGAAAGAUGAACAAUGGGGAAGACUAUGUUGAGAGGUUGCGUAGGAGUGCCAGAUGGAACUCUUGAGAUUGCAGCAUCCACACUUUUAAUCACAUCUUCCUUAUUGAGACUGAUCAACGGGACACUGGCUGAGCACAAAUGCUGGAGACAGACAUUUCUGCUCAGGAGUAAACCAAAAAAAAAGAAAUAAAAAAAAAAA